CGCUGGGUCCUCUGCAGAGCAGCACUGUCCUGUCAUGGCUUCUCUCCUCGGCUCUUGUUACUAACCUGUUGCUCAGGAUAUGGCAAAGAACGCAGGCGCCGAGCGCUGUCUUUCCACCAGGGCUCUGCGCUUCUUGGUUCUACUGACCUGUCUGCAGUCCACACUGACCGCCGAUACACACUCUCUUAGUUGCAACAUCAUUGUCAAGGUUCAUACCACACCUCAACAUCCCUGGUGUGAAGGACAGUGCUCACUGGAUGGAGUGUCUUUCCUUCGGUAUGAUAAUGGCAACAAAGCCACACCUUUGGGUGACCUGGGAAAGGCGGCACAUGCCUCUCAAGUGUGGACAGAUUUUUUGCAAGAGCUGGAAUACUUGGGGCAAGAGCUCAGGAAGAUGCUGGCUGGCACCAAUCUGAGGAAAACCAAGAUCCAUGGUCACCCCACUUUACAGACCAUCAUGCUUUCUAAGUAUGAACAAGAUCAAAUCGUUGGUUCCUCCUGCCAAUUUAACAUCAGUAGAAAGUACUCCUUCAUCUUGAACACAAUGAAUAUGAGCUGGACACCGAAUAGUCUUGAAGCUGGAGGUAUCAUGAAUGAAUGGAAGAAUGAUGAGGAACUAACUAAAUAUCUGAAGGUCUCCAUAGCAAAUUUGAGUCACUUGCUCAAGGAACUCUUAAAGCUCCGCAGGGAAAGGACAAGAUCAACAUCAAGGGCCCCAGAUAUCACCCAGCAUCCAUCUGCCUCCCAGCAUCCAUCUCCCAGUCAAUUUCAAUAUGAGAACGAAUUUAUCUCCCUGGCAGCAGUCAUUGUCAUCAUCUUCCUUUUUGCUGUUGGCAUACUAGUGAAACGUUGUCCCCAAGGAGAGGCCGGAAGAAAGCAUUGGACCUCAUGGAACUGGAGCUACAGAUGGUUGGAAGUACUGAGAACUGAACCCAGGUCCUCUCCAAGAACAGCAAGUGCUCUUAACUGCUGAGCUAUCUCUCCAGCUCUCUAAUAAAUUUCUUAAAAAGAAUAUAAAUGUUUGAAUAUUAUUAAACACAGGGAAGGCCUUAUCACAAACUUCAUAAAACAGUUAAAUGUUUCAUAAUCAAAAAAGCUAAACAUGAUAUUUUAACGACUAUGGAUGGUAAUGGCCAGUUACGACAUCAUUUGUAGCAAU